UAAUAGAAAGUGCCAUACAUAUGCAAAAUUAGUGCAAUGUUGCUACCAAGAUAAUUAAAUAAUCAUGUUUUUAAUACUGAACACCAUGGCAACCAAAAAUCACAAACAAAUGCCUGACAAAAAGGAUUUACAAAUGUUUAGCUGUUUUUAUAAUUUUCUUAAAUAUAAGUUGUUCUAUAAAUAAGUUUAUUGUUAAUAAAAUUUUUGGGUUGCCUAUUUCUAAUUAAAAUUAAAUUAUUGUAUGUGACAAAUGUCUGAUACUGAAGAAGAAGAAGAAAGCUUAAGAAAAUUUGUAAAAAUUACUCUUGUUGGAGAACCUGCAUCUGGAAAGAGCUGCUUAUGCAGCCGGUACCGCGGCGACGGCGGUGUGGUGGGCGGCGCGGGGGCGGGUGGCACGCAGGGCGCGGAGGUGAGCGCGGCGCAGUGGGGGGGCGCGGCGCUACGGCUGUGCGACGUGGCGGGCGCCGCGCUUCACAGUGACAUGCUGAGGAACUACUUGUACGAUUCGGAUAUUGUAAUAUUUGUGUACGACUUGACUAAUUUGCAAAGUUUUGAAAAGUUGACCGAUUGGAUAAAGGCAGUUAAAGAUAUUUUCGACGUUGAAUCGAAAAAACCCUUGAUGGCUUUGUUCGGCAACAAGUCUGACUUGGAACAUCAACGAGCUGUUAGAUUGUCUUGCGUGCAAAAGUUUGCGUCGGAACAUUUAUUAGAAAACUUUAAAGGAUCUGCGAGAUCUGGGGAAAUGGUUAACACCGCCUUCACAAAUUUAAUUGCAAGGGUUUUAGGGAAAAAAGCUCCUUUAGAAGAUGCUCCUUACAAAAAAAAUCAAGACAAUCAAGUUACUGAUCAAAUAAGCACACCUCCGCUGAUGCAAGACCCUGCAAACUCGCUCAUAAUGAGUAGGAAGAUGUUGAGGAAAGUUCAGAGGAAGGCUUCAUCAUCUGUCUGCCGUAUUCAAUAAUAAACAUUCUUACAACAAUAAA